GUGAGCUUAGUUUUAGCCGAUUAAUUACUGGGUACAAGUGUGCCUACACAGACUAACUAGUCCACUAAAAGAUCAUGAUGACUGCAAAGAGAAGAAUGGAGAUGAGUGAGGAGAUUUAUGCAAAUACCGAAAUUACAGAAGACAACAGAGCUGAUAACAGAAACAGUGAGAAUUCAAAUGAAAAUGUUUAUGUGAAUCGGAACAAUUUGGAGACCCGGAAGGAGAAAAGCUUUAAGCAGAGUUCAGGAGGAAAGACUAUAAGGAGGACAAUGGUUGCAGUGUGUGUGCUGCUGCUAUGUGCUCUAAUGCUAACAGCUCUCACAGUGCUGUGGAUCAAUUUCAACAUCCUGAAUAGUGAAAAGGAUCGCUUACAGACCAGUAACAACAAUCUGACUAUAGAGAGAGACCACUUACAAACCAGUUACAACAAUCUGACUAUAGAGAGAGACCACUUACAAACCAGUUACAACAAUCUGACUAUAGAGAGAGAACACUUACAAACCAGUUACAACAAUCUGACUAUAGCGAGAGACCAGUUACUGUCCAGUUACAGCACCCUGAUUACAGAGAAAGACCAGUUAAAGAGGGAUAGAGAGGAACUCCGAAGGCUUUUCAAACUGGGAUGGACCUAUUUCAGCUCCAGUAUUUACUAUAUCUCUGCAAUGCGGAAGAGCUGGCCUGCGGGCAGACAGGACUGCAGCGAAAGAGGAGCAAACCUGGUGACCAUAAACAGCAGAGAGGAACAGGAGUUCAUUAGUAAACUGCUGUGCAGCAGAAAAGCUUGGAUUGGUCUGAAUGACCGAGACAUAGAGAAUCAGUGGAAGUGGGUGGACAGUACACCACUGAUGACUAGCUUAUGGAGACGUGGAGAACCCAAUGGCGCUAGAAGUGAGAAUUGUGUAAUUACUGGUGAACUGUCUGAUCCUGUCUGGAACUGGGCUGAUUAUCCCUGUAAUUAUGAGUUUAUUUGGAUCUGUAAGAAGGUGUUCUUCCUGAACUAAAUUGCUGUAUUUGAAUAACAAACAGCAACCUAAAUGUAAUUUUUUUUGUGUGGGUCAGUGUUUUGUUUCCAAAAAAUAACCAUCACACUUCCACCUGUUUGUCUCCUUGAGCUAAUAUGCUUUAUUAGGGUUUGUUUAGGAAAUGGUAAAAUAAUUUCCUUUAAAAGUCAAUGUACACCACAUGCACUCCUAAAAGUACAUCAUCAUUAUUAUAAUAGGGUGGGGUUAAUGUGUUAGUUUAAUAGAUGAGCCUGUUUUGAAAAUAAAUCCCACUAAAGUUUUAAUUUA